AUGUCUCGCCAUCAUCCUGAUUUGGUUAUGUGCAAAAAGCAGGCGGGAAUUUCCAUCGGACGGCUCUGCGACAAGUGCGAUGGCAAGUGUCCAAUCUGCGACAGCUACGUUCGCCCUACAACUCUCGCUCACAUCUGCGACGAAUGCUCCUUCGGCAACUACCAGAAUAAAUGCGUCGUCUGUGGUGGCGAGGGAAUCUCGGAUGCGUUCUAUUGCUUUGAAUGCACGCGGCUCGAGAAGGAUCGCGAUGGGUGUCCGAAGAUCAUCAAUUUAGGUAGUUCGAGGACGGAUCUGUUCUACCAGAAGAAGAAUUUCAGGAAUCACUAGCACGUGUGGAGGCAACUAAGGUAGACGUGGAAUAUAUGAAACAUACCGAGCCAGAACUACUUUGGCUGUCAGAAGGGAAUUUGUUCAACAUCGGCUCUCUCGGACUUAAACCUGCAGAUGUAGGAUUAGAAAGGGCACUGCAUAAUGUGGAAAACCAUGCUAGCUACAACGAGCGUAAACGAACGUUGGAAGCUUUGGACAUUGUAGGGAUGUGAGAUAGGAUAUACCAGCGGAUUUCUUGAGUUGGAUAAGUAAAUCCAAGGCUUUAAUUCUAAGUAGCAGACUCCCAUAUCUUGAGUUUGUUUAAGUUACUCGAAUGGGGUACCCCGAAACGCAUGCGCC